AUGAAUGCAGAUCCGUUUCUCGAUCAACUGUUGCAGGCCGUGGGGAAGGAUCCGGAUACGCACGAUGCAGUCCUGGUUGCUGAUGAUAGUUCGGAGGAUGGGCAGCCCGAGCUCGACUGCGUGUUGAGUGACGAUGAAGAGGAGCUCCGCGCAGGCCGAGUGCACACGGGACUGACGACGGGGUAUGUCUCUUCGUGGAGAGGUCGCGAAGCUUUCCGAGAACUAUAUCAAAACUGGAAGGACGCCAUAAUUGCAUCGUUUCACCUCGAUCCAAGGUCCUUCCGGCCAGUCUUUAAAGAAACGCGUACAGAGAUCCACAUCACUAUCCAUAGAAGUGCCGGGCAAGGCGGUCAAGCAUCCGGGGAGCUUCUUGGAUUUAUCCGCUUCAACCGCAAGGCUGGGAGUGUUGAAUUGACCAACUUCCAGGCACAGCUGCAACGCAACAGUCUCGGCCUAGGCAAGUCGAGUAAACAAGGCCAAGAUGAGUUUGCAGGGUGUCACGGAGAGGGUUUCAAAGUGGCCGCGGUGGUGCUGCGCCGCGAGGGGCAUUCUGUUCGAUUUGCAUCCGCCGGGUACUAUUGGAACUUUGGAUUGAGUGGACGCUAUCGCACGAAUCUUUACUGUCGGUUGACAUUAUCCAAGCCCGAAAAGGUAGAGAAAAGCAGGAGAAAGUACGCAUUGCAGCGCGCGAAACCGAACUUCAAAAGAGGCCUCACAUCGAACAUAUGGGAGGAUGUGUCUGUGAAAAUCGGCAAGGCCCGGGGAAGCUCCGUGUUCACCGUCUCAGAAGCCGUCUCAGAAGCCGAAUUUCGUUCGUGGUUGACGGUUUCGAUCGAUCUCAAUCCGCCCUCACCGGACGAUGUCGUCCAGACCCCCGCUGGCGAUCUGAUCCUCGAUAGCCGCUUCGCAGCGCACAUCUACCUCAAGGGGUUGCAAAUUGAUGGUCAUGCCGCUGGGUAUGUAUAUGGAUACAACUUUGCACGUGGCUCCAUUGGCCGUGAUCGAACUCAUCUGCAAAAGCAGUCGGAAGAGACCCAGAUCCUUGUCGAUAUUUGGGAACAUGCCAUCCUAUCCCAAAGGACUGAUUUGACCGACGCCUAUAUCAAACUGCUGCGCCACCAGGAGGACUGCCCCGAAGUUGCUUCGACCAGUGACAGAUUAUCAGAGUCAUCGGCGCGCAUUAUUUGGGAGCGGCUGAGAAUCAUCGAGCCUGAUGCCUUUUUUUAUUGCGAAGUCGAUCCUUCUCACUCGGUCACCGCCGACCAGAUUGCCCUGAUUCCAGCCGAGUUCCAGAGAAGACCCGUGGCUGUCUCUCGCGCUUUGUGGAACUUGUUGAGAAAGUUCUCGUUUGUUCGCACUCCUCCAGAAGAACGCUACUGUUUAUUUAAAGGAUCGGAGGUGAUAGCCCCCCACAGGACACCUUUCAGUGCCCACGUCCUCCGAGCCCUCUUAGCAUCGUUAUCUUUACAUCCAAAGCUGAAUAACGUGCGUCUUAUAUUCGUUGAUGGUGGAGGCACGGAUCUCGACCUUGCAUAUGACAAGGAGGCGAAUCAGGUUCAUAUCCACGGCAAGUGGCUCGAUUUCCAGAAGGUCCACGAAAAUGGCCUGUGUGAGGUUUUGCGGUUGAUAGAUGGCGAGAACAUUGGCGGAGGGGCAUUCUUCUGUGACCAUGUCGUAGGAGACUUGUUCGAGGCUCUCCUCUCCGUGGCGGGCAGCGCCCUAGAAAUUUCCACUCCAGACCUCAGGCAUCUGCGACGUACCAUGCGUGAACUGCUCACGCUCAUGCCUCGGCUGGUCCGUGUCGCACCUACUGGCGCGAUGAAUGAGCUUGAGGUCCGCUGGGUUGGUAACGAAGGUGGACUUGUGUCGGAGAUCUGCCACAGCAAUAUCUGCUACCAUGUCACCCUUCACCAGGAAAGCUCGUGCCGAUCGAGGCGAGGUCAAAUGGUACACGUACAUCGACGCGAUGACCCCUUGUCCAAUGGCCAUACUUCACGAUAUGGGUUGCCGUUUCGUGCAGAAGUCACCGUCGACUGCGGUUGCCCCUUCCAAAUUGUUCCUAGGACUCUAUCGAGAGCGAUUUUCACAGGCUUAGAUCCCCACGAGCGCUAUUUCCCCAUGGUCGCGCGAGGGGAAAAUCAGUCCUUUUUCGCGAUGCCUCCAACAUCUGUGGCACCUCGUGGGAUUCUCCUGCCUGCAAGCGUUGCAGACAGCCCUCAAAUGGCAACCAGGCGGGUCAAAGGUGACCGAGAAGUCCAGGAAUAUCAGCCUAGGUACGCGGACAGUCCUGAAAUCGAAGGAAACAACGAAGCAACUUCAGACAGCAAUGAUCAAGUUCCCGAGAGUCAUCCCGGAAUAUCAGGCCAACAAUCGCGGAGGCCACUCCGCUGGGAAGGUGCAGAGCUUUGUUGGGAAGAUUUGAAUGGCCAGAUAGCGUUCGGAAAAGACGAGGAUGAAUGGCGGCGGUGGCACACUGAAGACUUGCCAAAAGCAUUUUCCAAACUCCUGGUGCAUCGGGAAAAGCAUCACACCCCGACGUUCCACCCAGUGGCGAGCCUUGAGUGUGCCCAUUUGGACUUUCAUUUCGUGAAGGAUGAAUAUGCCCUCAUCCGCCUAGGCGGUGACAGUUCCUUGGAGCAUGUCAUAUUCAUCCACGAGAUCUCCUACUGCGAAGAGGAACAUGACACUGCCACCACAUAUUUACUGGUCACCAAAUAUUCGAAACUUUGGUCGUUUCAUUCCGAUCUCCAGCCGCUCGAGGUUGACAACGAUGAUGCAUCCGCAAAUCAACUAGAAAUGUUGCUUCACUUCGAAGAGUUCGACAGAAUGGGUAUGCGAGACGACGCCGAGGUCAUCCGGCUGGACGAUAUUGUCUAUGCGGCUGAUCUGACAGCUUGCUCCAAGGCUCCUCUCAGUGGCCAUGGAUCUUCUUCAGCCUCGGGGGACGAUAUCAUGUUUUGUCGUUUUGCGGUCCGAGGCGCGACGAUCAACGAGCAAGUAGCAUGCUGGACGCCCAUAGCGUCUCACCUGCUGCAGCGCCGUGAUCGUUGGGUGGCACCGCAGUUCAUCAACGCUUCAAGGCCAUCCGUCGUGGACUUCACACCCGGCAUCCUGGGCCCGGCGGAAGGAUUUUCGCAAGCUGGUUUCGACAUCCAAGCUGCGCUAGGUUUUGACCAGGAGCGUCAUUUGUCAUGGAAGAUACGACACACCCAGAGCCAAGUGUAUGAUGGUCCACCCAGGAAGGUGCUCGACGACAUCUAUGCUGAGCAACUCCGGCCCCCGUCGACGCCAAACCCUGCACCGCCGAACAUUGCGCUGGUUGCUGGGGGAAACGCACCUUUCCGCGUGAGCGAUGCAAAUCAAAGGAUGCCAUCGGCGGAGCAUUUUGCCUCUCAGCUUGACCUUGUCAAUAUUGCUAUUGAGGCCCCCAGCAAGCCGGACUUUUUGGUGAUGUUAAGCUCGCCGGCCAUGCUCCACGCAUCAGUAGUGCCGCGGCUUUUGGCGACCAUAACCAAACUGCUCAAACAUAGACGGUCCGUCCACAUGAAGCUCUGCCAUCUCCGAGAGCAUGGGCUUCCGCAAGCACGAAGCAUCCUCCUCGUGGUAGCUUCUCCAUUUUGCGCGCCACUGCCCUGGUGUCUGCAUUGGGCCCCCUUCCCCAGUGUACUGCAGUCCAUCACGCUCCGUGAUCUGAUUGUUGACCUUGACUUUGAUAAUUGUCGCACUGGAGCGGGACCAGAGCGGGCAUUUGUGUGCUCACCGCCUCUCGAAGGCACGCACGAAGACCGAAGCAGUGACGCAGGCCCAAGUCAUGUCUACAAUCACCAAACGGGUCAGCAGGUGCCACCAUCCUGGAAGGUGCCUCUGCAGUGGGACACGGACGGCCUCGUAGCCCUCUCCUGCAGCCCCCUAGCCUGGACACAUCCCGGACGCCAAGAUCUUCUCACUGUGCGGGAGUUGGCUCGACUCCAAGGCUUCACUGAUGAUUUUGUCUUUUAUCAGUCCACGUCCAUGCAAUAUCAGGAUGUAUGGUCCGCUUUACCCCCGAUAAUCAGCAAGCUCGUGGGAAAGACCAUCCUUCACGUCAUCCAGGGCUCACUCAAGGCCAAAGUCGGCGGUCGUCUAGACGGUCAACGGGCUGCGAAAAGAUCCAGGCAAGAAAGCCAUGGUUAA